AAACCCUCUACACUAUACAAUACAUUUUACUAAUGUAGAUAGAUAGAACCUAGAGCCCUAAAUACUAAGUGGGGAUAGACUUUCCGUUCGACCUUCUUUCAGAAUUCGUGCGGGUGUUUUGUACGAACGAUAGACAUAGACGACGUCGCUCAUGUACUGAGUCUGUGUGGGUAUACUGGGUGCGUGCGUGAAAAAAAAAACGCGUGUGUUGUGUCUAUUUCCCUCCCCCCUUACUGAAAAUUCUUACUAUAGGUACUACUAUUAGUGAUACACACAUGUAUACAUAUAUAUCUUUUUGGUCUUUUUCUAAUGCACUUUUAAAAGUAGUACUGGCUAUCUCGCUCGUAUUUUGUAGAUUGCCAUCCCCAAAAAAUAACUCACGCGCAAUGUCCCAGCCCUCUCUCUUUUAACAUUUCCUCAAUGUGGCAUUUAAGUUUUAGACGUUAUUCGCGUUAGUAGUCUAUUUCUCUUGGUAUUUUGUGUUGUAAGUUGUAACACACAUGUCUAACGCGAGUUAGCUUGAUAAAAAAUAUAUAUAUGUAUAUAUUUAUUAAAAAUACGGUGCACCGGUGAUAGAUAUUUACUAAUAAUUAAAUGUGUUCUUAUUAUUUUAUUAAUUAUUUUAAAUUAUAUUGUUUAGCUAAUUUAUAUAUUUGUGUGUGUUAAUUAGCGGUGCUUAUAACAUUGUUUACGUUUUUUAUAACUUUUUAUUGUUUUAUUUUUAUUUUAUGUAAUAAUUGUAAAAUAACUUAUUAUUAUUAUUAUCCACUUCCUGGUUUGUUCGCGCACUUGUUUGCUUGUUUUUAAUCGCAACUGACGUCAUCUUCAGUGUUUGGACCUUGAAAUUUUUGGCUCGUGGAAUUACGCAUCGGGGACUUGCGGUUGGCAUUGAAUUAUCACAGCUCCCGCCUUGCGGUAGCAAAAAUUGACAAUGGGCACCUCGGAGCAGCAUUACUGUCUAAGAUGGAACAAUCAUCAUGCAAACAUGAUAACGGUAUUCCAAGAAUUAUAUCAAAAUGGAGCACUGACUGAUGUAACCAUUGGACUUUCGGAUGGUUUACUGGUUGAAUGUCACAAGCUGGUACUCGCUGCCUGUUCGUCGUAUUUUCGUAAAAUAUUACAAAAUUUGAACCGACCACGUGCAUUGAUACUCGUUAAUGUUAAAUACUAUCAGAUGAAAGCGAUACUUGAGUAUAUGUACCAUGGCGAAGUCAGUGUCACUACUGAAGAACUCCCGGCACUGCUUGAAAUUGCGAAUUAUUUGAAAAUAAAAGGGCUGACUGAUGUGCCAGAGUUUCCUGACUCAUCUUCACGGUCAUCUUCGCCGUGUGCGCAAACACGGCAGUCGCAAACGCAAUCUCAGUCCCAUUCGCAACAACAGCAGCAACAACAACAACCGCAACAUCAAAACAGCCAUCAGCAACGUCGUUCACGUCGUGACCAAGUCAGUCCGUCAUCACCGUCACCAGCAAUAACCACCAGUUGUAUGAACUACUUGGCUGCUAAUUCUGAUAGUAUUGGCAAUGGAAAUGGUAAUAAUAGAAUUGGUGAUCAUACGUCACCGCCACAUUCAACCAGUUCACCAUACUACAACAAUUAUCGUAAAUCACCAGCUCGUGCUCACAGCGAAUCACGUUUUCCGACAGCGCCUGGGUGGAAUUUACCGUUCGUUGGAUCACACUUUGCGUCGUCUCUCCAUCAAGGGUCAUCGAUGUCUGCCCACCAUGCGUCUUUGCUUGCUGCUCACUACGAGAACGAUCUAAAUACCCGUAACGCUGAUAGUUCCCAAGGAGCCGUACCACUUAUUCACGCUGACAAUCAAGAGUACCGUAGUCCCAGCAAUCACUCGGCCAAUGAUAACACGGACAGCAGACGCAACAGCAUGAGUCUUUCGCAAGGACGGAGUCCCUAUGACACUGUCGUCAAUGAUAGCGAAAAAAAAUUGUCACCACGCAUGCGUUCGACCGCUGAACCAAAUCGUGAAUGGAAACGUUAUAAGCAGUAUACUAAAGAAGAUAUAGCCUCAGCUAUUGAAGCUGUGAGAAAUGGUAUGAGUGCACUCCAAGCUUCGCGUCAAUUUCACGUACCAUCGCGUACGCUUUACGAUAAAGUUAAAAAAUUAGGUAUCGCUAACACACGAUCAAUGCGCCGUAGUAGUAAUCAUAGCGGAGCCAGUUUUCCAUAUGGUAUUGGUGGUAAUGUUAACGGUAGUAUUUAUGCAUCGAUGUCUGACAAUGACUAUGAUAAUAAGACCGGUGUUUUCGAGAGCCCGAGUGCUAUUAUUGAACAAGCUUAUGCCAAGAGUAGAGAAAAUUCAAACGAUCGUGAUUCGGCAAUGGAAAUAUCUCGAGUUACACCAACUCCAAGUCCUAGUCCGAAUCGAUCGAUUCAAAGCGCUGGUCAUAAUCAGCAAGAAGUUGAUAUGGAAGAUCAAGUUGAAGACUUGUCGAUGAGUAGUAGAAAGUCUGAUGUACGUGUAAUAGUAUCGCCUGUUAUCAAAGAAGAAAAACCUGACCCAGAUAAUGUUCAUCACAAAUGAUUGUAAUUAAUUUUUUUUUUUUUUAAUGAAGAAUAGACUAUCUGACGCGGGUUUAUUAUUAAAGAAAAAAAGCUUCGGCUUUCACUGAAUAAUUUUAUCAUCGUUAAUUCCGUGAUAAGACUGAGACCGCGUGCAUACUUGUAAUUUUAGAGACUGAGAAAUAUCUAUCACCGUAUCCUAUUUCUUUAUUUUUUUUUUUUUAAUUAUUAUUUUUAUUAUUAUUAUUAUUAUUAAAAACAAAUUUUUUUCUUAAAGAAAAAAAAGCUCAUAAAUAAUAUCUCAGAUCUAAUUAAUAUCUUAUAUGUUUUUUCUUACGACUGAGCUUUAACUAUUUAACGCAUUGUUGACGUUAAAAAAAAUAAUUAAAGAAGAAAGAUUAUAUUUAUAAAUAAUGUUUACACAUUAUUAGUGUACUAGAUCAUGUUAUUGUGAUUAAUUAUUAAACGUACUCUAGAGCAGAUGACUUUAUUAAAAAGUAUAUAUUAAAUGAGGAUUUGAAUAUAUGACAAAGAGUAUAAAAAUUAAUCGCGUGAAUGAAGAUUUUAUUAGAAGAAAGAAUUGUAUUUUGUUAUAGGCUAUUUUUUUUUCUUUAAUUAACGACUUGAUAUUCGAGUACAAUUAACUGUGGAAUAUUUCAGUAAUGGAAAGUAUAAAAAAAAAAAAAUGAUAAUAAUUCAGAUAAUUAUUAGUACAGCAUAAAAUGCUAAAUAAUUAAAAGACAAUUAUACUAAAAUGAGAAAAAGAUUAUUGAGCAAAAUUGUAGCUAUAAAAAAUUUUUUUAUCAACACUUACGUAAAAAUAUAAAGAAAAAAAAUACUAUCGUUAAUGACUGAGUAUAAGUGUUAAUUUUUUUUUUUUUGUUAUUAAAGAAAUAUAAAUUUAGAAUAAUUAAUCGUUUUCGUGAAUUUAAAAAAUCUACAGAAAAAAAAAAUAUUUUUUGGCGCAAAAAAUUUUUAUUCGCCUGUAGAAAAUUUUUUCAUUGUAAAUUAAAAUAAAAAAUUUUCUUAGGACGAGAAAGAAAUUCUUGUGCCAAGAAAUUAAUUUUUUUGUGUAGAUAGUAAAUAGAAAUUGAUAAUAAAAAAAAAAUAUAAAAUAAAAAAUAAGUAAAUGACUAAAUCACAGUUUUGGCUGGGAUAGGUUGCAAUAAUGACUAUAAUAUAAUUCGCUCAAAGCAUAUCCACCGUAUAGGAUAUCAAUAUGGGACCAAUCUACCUCAAAUAAUUGUACAACGAACAUAAGUUCAUUUCCUACAUAUAAGACUGAUAUAUAAAUCCGCCUUACAUAUAUACAUUAAUUAAAAAAACAGUUUAUAAUUGCUCUUCUAUUAUAUUACAAACUCAAAUUUAUUUCAGUCCUAAAAUGAUAUCUUCGAAAAAUAUCUUAUUACCUUAAGGAUUAUUAAAAAAUUUUCUUUAAUUAUUAUUUUAUUAUAUAUGACACACAUGUGCUAUAUAAAUAUAUAAAUAAAAGUAUAUGAGUAUAAAUAAAUAUAUAUAUAAAGUUUUAAAAAUUUAAAGAGAGAAUAGAUUAACGUAAAAAUAAAUGUAGUUACAUUG